AUGCCAGUGCCGAGUGGAAGUUUGUACGGAGGUCAAGGUAAACCAUCGUGUUACGACCGAGUAUCCACUUCAUUUAUGAUGGGAGCCACAAUCGGAAUAACUAUUGGAAUUCUAUUCGGUGGUUUGGGUGGCUUGAGAUCAGGAUACAGAGGCCGAGAGCUCGUUGGCAGUAUGGGAAAAACUAUGUUGCAGAGUGGCGGAACAUUUGGCACGUUUAUGGGUGUUGGUGCUGCCCUUAGAUGUUGA